CGCCCCCUCCUCCCACCACCCACCCCCACCCCCACCCCCCUCCCCCCAGCAGCCGCCGCAAGAGAGAGCAGGGAGCGAGGAGGAACUCUACAAGAGAGGGCAUCGAAUCCGCCUCCUUCUUCCUCGCGGGGUCGUCCCCGACUCCGAGGCCUCCGACAUGGCGAACGCUGCGUCAGGCAUGGCUGUGGACGACGAAUGCAAGCUCAAGUUCCUGGAGCUGAAGGCGAAGCGAACCCACCGCUUCAUCAUCUACAAGAUAGACGAUAAGAAGAAGAUGGUUGUUGUGGAGAAAGUCGGCGAGCCUGCCCUGAACUAUGAGGACUUCGCCGCCAGCCUCCCCACCAAUGAAUGCAGAUACGCGAUAUUCGACUAUGACUUUGUCACCGAGGAGAACUGCCAGAAGAGCAAGAUAUUCUUCGUCGCAUGGUCUCCUGACACGGCACGCGUGAGGAGCAAGAUGAUCUACGCGAGCUCCAAGGAGAGGUUCAAGAGGGAGCUCGACGGCAUCCAGGUGGAGCUGCAGGCGACAGACCCGACCGAGGUCGGCUUUGAUGUGAUCCAAGGCCGUGCCAACUGAGCACCAUGGCCGUGCUGCUGCUUACCUUAAGUAUGAGCCUCUGAUGAGGAUUUAGCGCGCUCGCCGAGGCUGGUCAUGAGCUGUUUACCAUGAGGCAAUUGUGAUUGAGUUGCCAGUAUGUACCACCUAAGGAAGAUGUAAGCUGUGACUGGUGCGACGACAAAUGUAUCCUUUCUGGUUGUUGA